CCGGGCUGUGUUUGCUGGCGAGCGGCGCCUCACAGCCGAGCGGACGGACGGAGGGACAGAGACGGACAGACAGACGGGGCGGGAGGGCGGCGCGCUGCCGCGUCCGUGAGUCUUGUGGCUGGAGGGCGGCGGCUGUUGUUGCCGGAGCGGGUCUUGUGUCGGAGCCGCCGGCGUUGGGCGACGGGACCGUGCGGAGCGGCCGGAGGGGGAAGCGUGAGGUGGACGGACUGGAGCGGCCACGUCUUGUGUCUGGUCUCCGCGCCCGGGGCCGUCGAUGCUGUCGGUGCUGCACCGUGCCUGUGAUUUUGCCGUCUCUGCUUGUGCGGGAAAGAUCCAUUCCUCCAUGUGGGAUUUACCAAGUGGAACAACUCUUGGUUGAUGUCAUGCUGCGACUCUUCAGACAUUACACCAUCUCUUCAGCUGCCCACCUCAACUGAGCACAUUUUAAUGGCAAGAAGCAUCCUUCGUCUUGCUUCGCCAAGCCCUAUCAAGUGUCGUCGUUUGCUGUCGGUGUCUGUCAGAUAAUGGAGGCACCAAAUGCCCAGGAUGUUUUGCUGGUUAAUUCCGUGUACGCCAUUCCCACUGAGAGUGAAGAGAUCGUGCCUGGUAAUGCUGCCGUGUCUGCCUCAUCCAUCAUGGGAGUCAAUUUGAAUGGUGCCUGUGUGAACAGUGCUGACAAAGUGCCAAGCAGUGGAGCGACUGUGGAUGCCAGCAGCGUCUCAGGCAAACGUGAGGGCAAGAUGCAGCAGCAGUGUGCUUCCAGUGUGACAGGUGCUGGUGGAAAGGGAGACAGUUAUCAGAAUGGAUCCAAGUCCGUUUGCAGGAAAACUGGGCCUUCUGGCAUCCCCCAGGCUGUCUCGAACUCACCAGAAACUCUGUGGCCCAAGUGCAGAUCAGAUGAGAGCAAAGAGCCUUCCCCAGGUGUAGGUGGUUUCCAUGGCAACUUAAGGAAGUCUCAGGGAGCUAAACCUCAAAAAAGUGAAGCUUUGCAGUCGCUCAUUCUAAGUCUUCCUAUGCAAGAAACCGAUUUGCGUACUGUGGAUCCAUCCUUGAAAGAGCAGAAUGAAGAACAGAUACGGUCAAAGGCUCAGCGGCAUCUUGAAGACCAGCUCAAACAGUACCGAGUGCAAAGGCACCAGCAAAGAUCUAAAAAACCGACAUCAAGAAAUCAACUCUCCAGUACUUUGGACCCCGAGCUGAUGUUCCAUCCAGAUGUCCUUCCACGUGCCAGCACCCUGGCUUUGACCAAGGAGUACACUUUCCUGAGGACCAGCGUUCCCCGAGGACCCAAAGUUGGCAGCCUUGGAAUUCCCAACAUUUCGAAAGAUGAAAAGACUUCAAAGAGUUCCAGAUCCAGCAAAAUAAGGUCCCUUGCAGAUUAUAAAACUCACAGUUCAGACACUGAAAGUGGUAUUGGAAGAUCUUCCAGCGCUGAAACAUUGGGAUCCCUGAAAGUACAUAGGACUGGUUCCUCUACAUCUGUCAUAUCUGAAAUCGGCUUUGCAUCAGAAAGUGACAGAUUAGAGAUUUCAUUGCACACAGAAGACAGCAGCUCUGAGGUGGAUGGCUUUGAGCUUGGAUCAAGGCUAGAUGAGAAUGAGAGUGAUAGCUCUUCCUACAGCAGUGUUUCUACUGUGGCCCUCUACGGGACCAUGCCCUCGCUAGACGCACAGCAGAAAACCACUUACACAGUAGAUGGACAAGAGAUUUCAUCGGAGGACCUGGGGCACUUCCCUUCCAUCCGGGAGGUGCUGGCGGCAGCAGCAGCUGCAACAGCAGAGCAUCGCAGUGAGAUGCAGCAAGUGAAUGGAGCAGUGCGCAGCCGAAGAGACAGUCUGUCCAGCAGUGUUUCCGUGGGAAGCUCCGUGAUCGAAUCACACGAGGACCUGAUGCAGAUUCUUAAAGAAAAAAUGCGGCUCGAGGGUCAACUGGAAGCUCUCUCCUCUGAAGCUAAUGAGGGUUUAAAGGAGAAGACGGAGCUUCAGGCCCAGUUAGCAGCUUUAAACGCCCAGCUGCAGGCACAGGAUGAGCAGAGGGUGCUCAGUGAUCAGAGGCAAAGCACGUUGACCUCUGAAGUGAGCACCUUGCGCCAGACGUCCUCCAGUCUAGAGCAGGCCAUGUCUGAGCUUCAGACCAACCUGGAGGUCAAGAAUGCCAGUCUAGCUGGUCUGAACACCGACCUGCAGGUGGCUGAGGUGCAGUACCAGAGACUGCUGGCGAAGGUUGAGGAAAUGCAGCAGGCAAUUCUGAGCAGAGAUAACUCCGUUCAGGCUGUGCGGCAACAAAUGGCCGUUCUACAGAACCAGUUGCUGCAGGCACAGCUGGAGCGUUCCACAUUGAGCAGCCAGCUCAAGGCUUCCCGCUCUGAGAUAACCUCCCUGCAGCAGGUCAGGCAGUGGUACCAGCAGCAACUCACUGUGGCACAGGAGGCAAGGGUCCGUUUACAGAGUGACAUGGCCAAUGUGCAGGCUGGUCACAUGACUCAUGCCGCAGUGCUGGAACACCUGAAGAUUGAGAACGUGUCUUUGUCUCGGCAACUCUCGGAGACCCAGCAGAGAUCCAUCAAGGAAAAGGAGCGCAUCGCAAUCCACCUGCAAAAUAUUGAGGUUGACAUGCUGGACCAAGAGAAGGCUUUUCAUCAGAUCCAAGAUGCAAAAGUAAUGGUGGAAGAUGAUCUGUCAAGGAAACUUGAAGAGUUUGAGGAAGAGCGUGAGCAUCUUCAAAAAAUGGCCAAUUCUGCCUCUGCGUUGGAACGAGAGCUCGAGGAGGUUAAGUUGACUUUGCAUCAACGAGAGCUCCAACUAGAAAGCCUGCAACAGGAGCAAAUGGAUCUUCUGAGACAGCUUACUGACACCCAAGAGGCCUUUCACGUCAAGGACCAAUCCUUGAACGGGUUGCAGGCGCGUUACGAAGAGCUGGAGACCUGCCUAGCGGAGAUUCAGACAGAAACAAAUGCCAAAGAUGAUGCCAUCCAGUUCUUGCAAAAUGAGAAAAUUGUCCUGGAAGCGGCCUUGCAAACCGGGAAGAUGGAUCAAGGAGCUCUGGAGGAAGGAGCCAAAAGGCUUGAGGAGGGAACGGAGAUGGUGUCUGAAAUACUCGAGCAACUGCGUCAAGAAAUUGCCAUCAAGACUGGGCAGGUGGAAAAUAUGCAACAAGAGAACGCCAGCUUUAAGAAACAGACGCAGAAACUGAAGGAACAGCUUGUCCAACAGAAGGUAAUGGUGGAGGCAUAUCGGCGUGAUGCAAAUUCGAAGGACCAGCUAAUCAACGAGUUGAAAUCGGCGAAGAAGAAGCUGGAGGUGGCGGUGAAGGAGCUGAAGCAAGAAGUUGUCGCGCUGCAGACGGACAAAAGAUCCGCACUGAACGAACAUGUGCGAUUGCAAAAGGAGAUCUCUCGUGUCCACCAACAAAUGACUGACCUGGAGAGCCAGCUUCAGUCGGCUCAGGAAGAACGUGACGAGCUCAACACUGAGCUACAGGCCUUGCAGUUUGACAGGAACCAGCUGGUGUCACUCUCUCAAGAGAAUGAAGUGCUCCAGAAACAAGUGGAGCAGAUGCAGGAAGAAACUAAAAAAGGCAUCUCUGAGCAGAAGACCCGAAUGAAAAAGCUGGGCACUGAUCUCACCACUGCACAGAAGGAAAUGAAAGCCAAGCAUAAAGCUUAUGAAAAUGCCGUGGGCAUCCUGAGCCGCCGCCUACAGGAAGCCCUGGCUGCGAAGGAGACUGCCGAGGGCGAGCUCAGCAAGCUGAAAGAUCAGGUGGUAGAGGAUGGAGGCAAUCACUUCCUGCAAGAGCAGGUUCAGGCUUUGCUGCAGGAGCUGCAGGCGGUGAACCACAGCAAGAGCAUCCUGGAGAAGGAGCUGCAAGAGGUCAUCUCCGUCACCACUCAGGAGCUGGAGGAUUACCGAGAGAAGGUGCUGGAGCUAGAGGAUGAGCUUCAAGAGUCGAGAGGUUUCAGGAAAAGGGUAAGACGGCUGGAAGAAGCCAAUAAGAAAUUGACCCUGGACUUGGAACACGAGCGAGGGAAGCUGGUCGGCCUGAACCAGUCCCACUCUGCCCUGAAGGAACACACCAACAUCUUGGAGACUGCCCUGUCCAAGAGAGAAGCAGAUCUAGUGCAGCUUAACCUUCAGGUACAAGCAGUUCUUAAGCGAAAGGAGGAGGAGGACCUGCAGAUGAAGCAGCUGGUACAAGCUCUGCAGAUUGCUCUGGAAAAGGAGAAAGAAAAAGUUAAUGAACUAAAACAACAGGUGUCUGCAAGCAAGGCUGAGGCUGGGCAUAAUCGGCGCCACUAUAGAGCAGCUGCCCUUGAGCUCAAUGAGGUGAAGAGGGAGCUGCAAGCUAAAGAACGGCAGGUAGAAGCACUGCAGGCAGAAGCUGACAAACUCCAAGGCCAGGAUAAGGAACAUUCUCAGGAGGUAGCACGUUUCCAGGAGGAAUUGGCUGCAGCUCAUUCUCAGCUGAAAAUACUGCAGCGUCAGCUGGAUGAGCAGCUCGACAAACCCGUCACUAUAAACCAGGAGGUGGAGGACUUGAAAUGGGAAGUUGAACAGAAGGAACGUGACUUCCGAGCCUUAAAGCAGCAGCUAUCAAUGACCGAGCAGCGGAGUCAGAAAGAGUUGGAAGGCCUCCAGGAAGCUUUGCAGGGCAUUAAAACGAAUUUGGAGGAUCUGCAGGAGGAACUUGCCACAACUCGCAAGGACAAGUUCAUGCUCCAAACCAAGGUGACGGAACUAAGAAACAGCAUGAAGACAUUACUGCAGCAAAACCAGCAGCUAAAGGUGGACCUCAAGCAGAGAAAAACACGCAAGCGAAUAGAGCUGAAAGGAGAUGCUGUUUCAUCAAAUCCGGUAACGCCGGUGAAGAUCCCCGAUUGUCCAGUGCCGGCCUCCAUCCUUGAGGAAUUACUCAAGCCACCGACUGCUGUGAGCAAAGAACCUCUCAACAACCUACACAGCUGUUUAAAGCAGCUCAGGCAAGAGAUGGACUGUUUGCAGCGGCAGAUGGAGGAGCACACGGUAACCGUGCACCAGUCUAUGUCAUCAUGGACGCAGAUCGAGGGGCAGUUGAUGGAACUUGCUGUGGAUGGCCCCAUUGCAGCAGCAGAGCAGUGCAGUAACAGUACAGAGGUCAACCUUGACAAUAGUGCAAAUACUCAGCACCUGAACGGGAAAGCCCAAUAGAGAACGGCCGCUGUACUGUAGCAGUCAUCAACACCCUCCGCAAUGCCGAUGAGUAUGAAUGUUUUCCGAACCUCCUCGUGAUCCAUUUACAAUCUGAUUUUCUUGCCACCCAAGGGAAAAGUAGUUAAGGUGACCCCUUCACACCAUCCUUUUACAAGUUAAAGUGCCACCUGUAACUUAAAUGCACGCCAUGUGCGGUUUUAAUUUGACUGCAGGGGCCUUUACGAAGGGAUGGGGAGAACAAGCGAUGUGGAGGAUUAGCUUUAUGGAGGCAUGUCCAUUGGCCGUGAAAUGGUAAAGACUAAGAUGGGAGCAAUUCCUCACUGAAGCAUCCCAAUCCUUGCUUCAGGGUGUGGGUAAUGAGCUUGAGGUGAGUUGUCUGCCUUCAAGAAGGGUUUAAAAGGUUUAAAAAUUAUUGAUUCUAAUUUAUUACAAUUACCUUCACUGUAGCUGGUUGUAACUUUUGUUGGAGUUCUGAAAGUUGUCAAUUUAAUUUGGAAGUUGGUGGUGUAUUUAAGUUUAAGACUUGGGCAGCAUUAUAUCGGUACUGAAUAAGUCAAAGUGUAACCAAGGAUAUAAAUUAAGUUUGUACACUUUUGUCUGAAUGUUACUGAAUCUUUUAUUUCCCCCAUGAAGAAAGUAGAGUUUAAAAAAGAAACGUGCAUUGCAUCUUUUAAUCUCCACGUUUGUUGAGCAAGGCAAGCCAAAAUAAUAUAAUAUAAAUAUGCCCUACCCCCGGCAGAAAAGUCUCUUUUGAAUGUGUUUGCUUUUUGCUACUGUGAGCACGCACGCACACUAAUACACGGCCUCGUCCAAACGGCCCAUUAUAAACGUUUCUUUGUAACACUGUUAGAGAACCAGAUCUCUCAAAAACAUUAGCACUCUGGGUUUGAUAAGGUGGGUGGAUAAAGGUUUGGAUUCAAAUUGAACGGAGCUGACGACACACAAUGUCCCCUGUUGGCAAUUGGACCGAGUAAAAUGGAAAUGUUACACAAGCUUCCAAGGUGGAAUUAUUUGCAGGUUGGAGCUUUAAACUACAACUAUCUGCGAACAUUGCAAGUUAUUACCUCAUUGACACGUUUCAUAACCUGGCAACCUUGAUAGGAGAAAGAAAAAUUACACACCCCCCCCCCCACCUUGGGUUAGUUUUUUCUCACCAAAUUGUUUAUACGUAACAAUACUUAAUGCUUUAUGAAGCCAAGGCAUGUAUAUACAACUGCCAAAUAAGCUUAGAGAUGCCGCCUUCAAAUCAGCAACAUAGAAGCUGCUGAAUUGUAGUAAUGUAAAAGACUAACUCGAUCCGCUUUAACCAUAAUCAAUAUUUGUGCACUACAACAACUUUUUCCUUUCUCAGUCUCAGUUUAAUUUCAGCUUCAUAUUUUUGUUUGUUUUUGGUCUGCCUUUACUCUGGAGAACUACUUACAACAGACUAUCUUGUACAAUAUGAAAGAACUGUAAGCAUGUUAAGAAACCUUGUGCAGAAUAUUGCUGGAGAAAAAUGUGCAAUAAACUAUUUUUGGUAA